AUGAAAAGCGUCCAGAAUUCGUCGACAAUCGAAGUCCGGAAGCACGAGGAUACAUUAAGUAGGCGAAUGCAGUUCACAGUAGUUGGCACUGUUCAAACUGCUUCCUUUCUCAAGGAACGAAAUGGUGAUUGGGCCUUGCAUAUUCCCAAAAACGGUGAGCAUCACAUUCCUCGUGGACCGCUGGGACUUGAACUUCUUCUUCGCUGGAGAACCUACGUGCUUCCACUCCAUGGACUGCCGUUUGGACUCGGGCUCAUAGUGCCAAACCCAUGUCUCGUCCCAUGUGACCACCUUCUUCAGAAACUCAUCACCAUCCUUCUCAUAGUGGGAGAGACACUGCUGGGACAACUCGACCCUCCUCUGUUUGUGCUAUGCAUCUAUUUCUAUUCAUGCAACGCUAUCUAUCUAUCUAUCUAUCUAUCUAUCUAUCUAUCUAUCUAUCUAUCUAUCUAUCUAUCUAUCUAUCUAUCUCAUUCUGUUCAUAUUCAUAUCUAUCUAUCUAUCUAUCUAUCUAUCUAUCUAUCUAUCUAUCUAUCUAUCUCAUUCUGUUCAUAUCUAUCUAUCUAUCUAUCUAUCUAUCUAUCUAUCUAUCUAUCUAUCUAUCUAUUUAUCUAUCUAUCUAUCUCAUUUCGUUCAUCUCUAUCUCAUCAGUUCAUAUCUAUCUAUCUAUCUAUCUAUCUAUCUAUCUAUCUAUCUAUCUAUCUAUCUAUCUAUCUAUCUAUCUAUCUAUCUCAGCUUGCUCAUUAUCUAUCUAUCUACGCGCAAAGAGCUUAG